GCACCAUGAUUGUUCUAUAACACUUCAAGCUAUUUGURAUGCUAAGAAAAAAUGUCUUGAUGUUUUCAUUGGGACACCUGUGUGUGGAUCCAAGUAUCAUAUAUUAGCUGAUUCAACUUACCCUUUGGAAGAGAAUAUAAUAAUCCUAUAUAGAAAUUAUGUUAAUUUUACUGUUACCGAAAAACAAUUUAAUAAAAAUCAUUCUAAAACAAGAAUAGUUAUAGAAAACCCUUUUGGCCUUUUAAAAGGCCGUUUUCGUCAAUUAUUAAAAUUGGAUUUUGCAUUGACUGAAAAAGAUGCCAAUUUUGUACUGGCUUGUUGUGUUUUACACAAUAUGUGUUCAGAGGAAGAUAAUUUUAUUACUACAGAACUACCACAAGAAGAACCUCAAAAUAUAACAUUAGYAGAUUUAAAUCCAAGAUCUUUAGAUGCCCGUACAAAAGGAAUGGCAAAGCGCCAAAUAUUAUCAAACUUAUUGUAA